CUGCAAUCCAAAGUCCAUUUCGCCAACACUCUCCUUCACGUUAACCACAAGACAUGAGCAGCCUUAAAGACCAGGCUGUGCUUCAGGUCAUCUUCAACCCCAACAACCCAUUUGGUGAUGAUCUCUGGCUAGAAGCAGAGGUCGAACUGACCGAUGACGAUAGCAGGUUUGAUUCGGUGCUGGUGGAACGGGCCAAGGACUUAGAACUCCGCGGAGUAUCUCUGGCGGAGUCUGGGAAUAUUGAUGCUGCGGUGGAUUUAUUUGAUCAGGCCAUCGCAAUCACUCCCGAGCGAGCAUCUGCUUACAACAAUCGCGCCCAGGCUCUCCGCCUAAAGGGAGAUACGACAGGGGCUCUGAGUGACUUGAACAAGGCAGUGGAGCUGAGUGGAGGCAGAGGGCGGACAGCCAGCCAGGCUUUGGUCCAGCGUGGACUUCUCCACAGACUCAACCAGCGGGACGCAGAGGCUCUGCAAGACUUCCGACAGGCGGCCGGGAUGGGUAAUAAGUUCGCUAGGAAGCAAGUGACCCUCAUGAACCCCUAUGCAGCUCUAUGCAACCGCAUGCUGGCUGAGAUGUUCAACCUCAGAAAUCCCAAGCCCUCUCCACCACCAUCUCUGUGAAGGGUCGUAUUCCAUUGGCAGCUGAGAUGAGUGAGAUUGAUGCUUCUCCCCACCUGUUAAUUUUCUUUGAAAUAAUUUACAUUUUUGGCCCUGAACUCAGAGCACUACAACACAAAACAGGCCAUUUGAUCUAUUUAGUCUAUGCCAAGCUAUUAAUCUGUCUAGUCCCAUUAACCCACAUUUGAACCAUAGCCCUCCAUAUCCCUCCCUUCCAUGCACUUAUCCAAACUUGCCUUAAAUGUUACAAUUGAACUCUCACCCACCUCUUCCACUGGCAGUUCGUUUCACACUUGUACUACCCUUUGAGUAAUAAAGUUCCACCUCAGGUUGACCCUUUUACCCUUAACCCAUGACCUAAUAUUCUAGUCUUAUCUGUUGUGAAGCAGCCUCCCCGUUUGCUCUUGGGUGGAUUCACAGUUGCCGUUCCUGGGCCUUGAGACUUGAUCUGAAUUGGCUCCAACUCUAGACUUGCCCCCUCCUGCCAUCGCCCUCUUUUAAACUGUUGGGUAAUGCCACUGUUUGAGAGGGAGCCGUGGUCACCACCAAGUCCUGUUUGGUUCCUUGCCCAUCACACUUUACCAAAUCCUUUGAGGACUCUACUGUUGGUUAUUAGAGCUUGUGUGAUGGAGGCUCGCAAUCUUGCUUGCCAAAUUAUGUAGCAGUUAGCCAAGCCAUCUAUUAGUUGUUAAUGGACUAUAAACAAGUCAUGCAUCCGCUACUACUACUAGUUACCCAAUUCUUUAGAAAGGGAGUCUCAUCCCUUAAACUGGUAACCCCAGGCUAUGAGUCUGCAGCUAUAUGACUGGUAAUCAAAUUUUGAAUAAGGGUCCAUCCCUCUACAUGCACUAUUCACCUAAGAAAGGGUUACCUUUAUUUGUAGUUUUAGUAUUUGACA